CUGAAACAUAAGCAGAAACCUGGAUUAAUGGAUUGAGAGCGGAUGGACGUCUGUGUGUGUCUGAGCUCUGUUUGUGUGUGUCUGCAGGUGGAGUGGCUGAAGAACGAGGAGAUCAUCGACCCCGCCGACGACAGGAACUUCUACAUCACCAUCGACCACAACCUGAUCAUCAAACAGGCGCGUCUGUCCGACACCGCCAACUACACCUGCGUCGCCAAGAACAUCGUGGCCAAACGCCGCAGCACCACGGCCACCGUCAUCGUCUACGUGAACGGCGGCUGGUCGACGUGGACGGAGUGGUCAGUGUGCAGCAGUCCCUGUGGGCGGGGCUAUCAGAAGAGGACGCGCAGCUGCACCAAUCCCGCGCCUCUGAACGGAGGAGCCAUCUGUGAGGGUCAAGGCAUCCAGAAACUGGCCUGUAACCCGCUGUGUCCAGUGAACGGUCUGUGGACGGAGUGGAGCAAGUGGUCGACGUGUGGGACAGAGUGCACUCACUGGAGACGGCGCUGGAGAGUGCAGCGCUACGGCCCCAAAACCACCAAAACGGAUAGUGGCAACGGGCCUGCUGGGACCUGCGGGCACACAUAUAUACUCGAGAAACAAAACAGUCUUGUUUCAGGGAUGUUUCUGUACUUGUACAGACUGCAGGAGAGCGUGCUCGUGACGGAUCGAGUUGAAGUAGAAGUCUGUGUUGAGUGUUUGUUGGUCGUGUGA